AUGUAUCUAAUAAUACUCUAUUUAUUGAAUCUCAGCGUAAACGGAGCAGUCCAAAACUAUGGACCUUCUUCACAACCCGAAGCCUACUUCAACGGUUCCGCUUACCUAAGACUGCUCACAACAGUGUCUUUGAAAAAACAGACUGGACUUAGCUUUAGGACAUGCGUUAAUGAUGGAACCUUAUUUUCGCAAACACAAAACGACGAUGUGAUAGAAUUGAUAGUAAAUGCUGAAGGCUUGGUAUUUAUAGCAAAGACUGCCGGAAAGACAUAUGAACACAAAAUUAGAGGCAGUUUUAUAAACAACAAAUGGCAUACGGUAUUUUUACAUUACAAACUAGGAAAUUUAACGAUAGAUGUCGACGGUGAAACUCAGCUAAUAGCAAAUUCAAGUUAUCGAAGUGACCUGCUAAUAAGCCCCGGGUUAUACAACGAAGGAGCUGCAGUUCUCUUGAUCGGAAACCAUUUUGAAGGAUGUAUUCUAGAAGGACCCUCUAUCGUUUUCGAUUCAAAUAUUGUACUUACUGCGCAGAACGUAGCAUUUGAACCAUGCCCUAUACCAUAUGACAGUUGUGUACCAAACGAAAAGGCAGCAACUCAAGAUUUCUGUAUGACCGAACCAUGUAUGAGGCACGGGACUUGUCUCAGUGGUACAAAUACGUACACUUGCGUUUGCGCACCUAGAUACACGGGCAAAAAUUGCGAGAUGGAUCUUGGAAAUUUGUGUGAAAAGAAAGCUCCGUAUUGCAAGAAUGGGGCUACUUGUAUACCAGAUCCAAAUGGAGAUUUCAGCUGCGUAUGUUCGCCUGGAUUCACGGGUAAAAAGUGUGAAUAUGAAAUCCAAAUUCAUCCCAGGUGCAAAAACAAUCCUUGUUUGAAUGGGGGAACGUGCGAUUAUGACGAGGAGACUGAUAAAACGAGAUGUAGAUGCAAACAAGGUUACACUGGUUCGAGCUGCGAGACGAACAUCGAUGACUGCCAGCCAAACCCGUGCCUGAACGGUGGGGACUGUAUGGACGGCUUUGCGAACUACACCUGCGAUUGCGGCCACACCGGCUACAAAGGCGUCCGAUGCGAGAUCAACGUAGACGAAUGCGAUGCGACACCAUGUUUCAACGGCGGCACUUGUUUCGAUACGUACGGUAGUUUUCUGUGCCAGUGUGCUGAUGGGUUUGCGGGGAAGAAUUGUCAGGAUGUAAUAAAUGACUGCGACUCUCGCCCUUGCUUCAACAACGGCGUAUGCGUUUCAAAAGUUGGCGGCGGUUACGAGUGUCGCUGCCUACAAGGAUUUUUUGGGGAUCACUGUGAGGUUGAGCAGAGCAAGCAAACUCAUUGUGAUAACGAGCUAUGUGGACCUUAUGCCGAAUGCGUAGAAACACCUGGAUCUGCAGCGUGCGUAUGCAAACCAGAAUACCAUGGUGAGUACCCGAACUGCAAUGGAGAUUCGGUCUGCUUGAAGAAUCCUUGUUUGAAUGGUGGUGUCUGUACUCCUUACAAGGGUACCUUCAAUUGUUCUUGUCAACCGGGCUUCACUGGAAAGUUCUGUCAAACCAGCAUCAACAAGUGCCUGUCCAACCCGUGCCUGAACGGCGGUAUCUGCCUGCACAAGGAUAAUGGUUUCUUUUGCAACUGCACUGAAGAAUGGACGGGAAUGUACUGCGAGAAACCAUCUAACAUCUGCGAGCUGAAUCCAUGCCAGAACAACGCUACGUGUACUCUUGCGACGAACAAGGCAGACUUUAUUUGCCAUUGCUUGCCAGGUUUUGAAGGCAAAUUGUGCGAGGGCAACAUCGAUAACUGCAAAGGAAAUAAGUGUCCUCCUAGGCAAACCUGUCAUGACCUUGUGAAUUCGUAUGAGUGCAGAUGUCCUCCAGGAUUUACUGGGGAAGAUUGUUCCAUCGACAUUGAUCCAUGCUCAAAAAAUCCAUGCGUCAACGGUACCUGUAUUAUGGACAAGACUACGCAUCAGUUUAGUUGUGAUUGCAAAGAAGGGUUCACAGGCCCUCUGUGCGAAGUGGACAUAGACGAAUGCGUCGUGUCAGGCAACAAAAUUUGCAACCACGGCAUCUGCGUGAAUUCCGAGGGCAGUUUCCAAUGUUACUGCAUGCCGGGAUACACGGGCGAACGUUGCAACGUCGACUUUGACGAGUGUCUCUCCAUGCCCUGCAAGAACAACGCGACCUGUUUGAACCUGAUCAACAAGUACGAGUGUCAAUGUCAGCCGGGGUACGAGGGAAAGGAUUGCGAGUUGAACAUCAACGAGUGUGAGCCGAAUCCGUGCAUGAACGGUGCGAGGUGUAUCGAUGGGGUUAACGAGUUCACUUGCAUCUGUCAACAGGGACUCACGGGUAAAACCUGCGAGAUAAACAUCGAUGAUUGUGCCUCUUCGCCAUGUUUACAUGGGGCCAAAUGCAUUGAUGGUUUAAAUAGCUACACGUGUGAUUGUUUGGAUACUGGAUACGAAGGAGAGCAUUGCGAGAGCAAUAUCGACGAUUGUAAAGGCAACCCAUGUCAAAAUCAUGCACACUGUAUCGACAAAGUGAAGGAUUAUGAUUGCGAGUGUUACAGCGGCUACAAAGGAAAAAACUGCGAAAUAGACGAGAACGAGUGUGAAAGCAACCCGUGCCAAUAUAACGGCACCUGCUUAGAACGUUCCAAUAUCACGCUAUAUCAACCGGAAAUAGCCAACUAUUUGACUUUCCCGCUCCCGGAAGUAUUCAGCAGACCGUUCAACUACGCGGAAGCCGCUGGAUAUGAGUGCGUUUGUGUGGUUGGAGUCACAGGAAAGAAUUGCGAGACGAACAUCAAUGAGUGCGAGAGCAAUCCCUGUCAUUAUGGAACGUGUACGGAUAAGAUAGGAGGCUAUGUAUGUGAAUGCGAAGAUGGAUACGAAGGAGAAUAUUGCGAAAUCGACAUUGACGAAUGUGAAAAAUACAAACCUUGUGUACAAGGCACCUGCAUUGAUAAGGUAGCAAACUACUAUUGUAAAUGUGCAAGUGGAUAUGGGGGCAAAAACUGCUCUGUGGCAUUGAUAGGUUGUGAGAACAAACCGUGUUUGAACAAAGGCGUUUGCUGGCCAUAUCUGGUUGAAGAAACGCAGCAUAGGUUCAACUGUACUUGUCCCAAUGGAUAUCAUGGGCUUACCUGCGAAACGAAAACUACAAUGUCUUUGAAUGGAAACUCUUUAAUAACUGUCAACUCAACUAAGGAGGAAGGAUACGAUAUACAGUUCAGGUUUAAAACUACAUUAGGUGAUGGAUUGCUAGCACUAGGCAAAGGAAUCACCUACUAUAUCCUCGAACUAUCCAAAGGCCGUCUCAAUCUCCAUUCCAGCCUUUUGAACAAAUGGGAAGGUGUAUUUAUAGGCUCUAACCUCAACGAUAGCAAAUGGCAAAAGGUGUUCGUAGCAAUAAACUCUUCUCAUUUGGUACUUUCUGCUAAUGACGAGCAAACUAUCUACCCCAUAAGCUACAAUGAGAAUAACAACGCGACGUCUACUGGGUUUCCCGUGACUUAUAUCGGGGGAUUCCCAAGUAAUCUGAGGAAACUUACGCAUGGACAGCCGUUUUUGGUCGGGUGUACGGAGGAUGUCCUUAUUAAUGGAGAAUGGGUUCUGCCACAAGAUAGUGGUUCUCCAUGGGUUAGCUUCCAGAACGUUGAAGUAGGAUGUAUUAGAGAACCACAGUGCAAGCCUAAUCCCUGUCAUUCUGGUGGCCAUUGUACAGAUAAAUGGCGGGACUUCAGCUGCACCUGCGAAAGGCCCUACCUAGGCCACACGUGCCAAUACAACUACACGGCAGCCACAUUCGGUUACGAGAACAUCACCAACUCUUUGGUGACAGUGAACGUGGCCGAUUACGCUAGGAGAGCAGUCAGGACCAUCGUGGAUAUCAGCAUGUUCAUAAGGACCAGGCAGCCUAGAGGGCAGAUAUUCUACUUGGGCUCCAGGCCGACGUCAUUGGAAGAAACGUACAUCGCGGCUCUGUUGGAGAAUGGAGAGUUGUUGGUGAAGAUUCAGUUCAAUGGGCCUUUGGAGGCGUAUACUGUGGGAGGGGUUAAGCUGGAUAAUGGAUACAAUCAUUUGAUUGAGGUCAUCAGAAACGUCACCCUGGUGCAAGUCAAACUGAACGGUACAGAAUAUUUCCGGAAGACUAUAUCUGCCACUGGCAUGCUAGACGCUCAGGUGCUGUAUCUUGGCGGUAUGCCACCUCUUAGAUCAACGAGACAAACCAACGAAUUGUUGGUUGCGAAAGAGCUCCCACCAACUGCGCCAUCUGUAGCACCUGUUAUCAGCAAUGGGGUGCAUUUUAAAGGAAUCAUUCAGGAUGUCCAAAUCAGCAAUGGAUCUUCUAUCAUGAUAGUCGAAUUUUUCCCCUUACAAGCUGACGGACUUGACAUUCCCCCGCCAUUUGGGAGAGUCGAAUUUGACAACACGACUGUGCUGAAGGGUGUCCAUUCUGACAAUUCUUGUAGAGUUAACCAUUGUCAUCAUGGAACGUGUGAGAAUACCUGGAACGAUUAUAGGUGUAUAUGUCCACGAGGAUACAAGGGCAAAGUUUGUAAUGAACUGGAGUUUUGUGAACUAGAAGGCUGUCCUCAGGGAUCCAUCUGUAAGAAUCUGGAAGAUAGUUUCGAGUGUAUUGCGAACAGUACAUUCAAUGGACUCCAAACUCCAAUGAAGUACACAUUGGCUAUGUUCGAUAAAGAGACAAAUAAUGCUGUGUUUGAUACUGUAGAGAUCAAUUAUAGAACUAGGUCUUGGGGUACAGUACUGUUUGCAAAACACAAGGAAGACUAUUUUGUGGUAUUCAUUUAUCAUAAUGAAGUCGUUGUUGAGUGGCUAUUUGAUGGAAAUAAGUAUACAAAGCGAUUUAUGAAAGACAGGUAUUUAUGA